AUGUCAGGAAUGCCAAGAGUCGACACAGCAAUCGGUGCAAUCGGUGCCGUGGAGAUGGCAGAUCAAAUCAUGCGUGGCAUUCGCGACGACCGCGAGCACCAACAACACGGCGCACAAAACCACUACGUGAAAGCUGCAAUAGCUGGUGCGAUUGCCAUUGGCGCAUAUGAGAUGCUUAGGAGAGACGAGAGCCAUGCUACUGCCAAAGACAAUCAUCUCUCACACCAUGAUGGAGCAGGUGCAGACGGGGCAGCCUCUGUUCACGGGUCCGAUGGACACCACAAGGGAAAUGACCACAAGAAACAUCACCACAAGGGAGGUUACACCGAUUUUGUAGCAGAGGCCCUUGGGGCAUACAGUGUUGGACGGCAAGCAAUGGGUCACUCUGAUCACAAUAUACUCAAACUUGUUGCUGAAGGAUUGGGAGCCAUUGCGCUAAGCAAGGAGGCAAAGAAGGAGCUAGCAGAAUAG